UCACUGUCCCUUAACACACUCACCUCUUUUACACACAUUUGUUUCCUCUUUUGAGUUUUAACUGUUCUCUUCUUUUUUUCUCUCUUAGUUCUCUUAAGAUUCUGUCUUCAGCUUAUCUCUUUGGUACCUUUGGGAUCCCAUAAUAUCAAGCUUUCGUUUUUUUUUUCUAAAUAUCUGGUUGUGUACCAACAAAGAACAUAAAAGCUGGGGACAAUUUGGUAAAACAUAGAAGGGAAACGGCAUGCCUUGGUGGAGUGUCUUGGUUGAUGUGUUCCGAAUCGUUGUGCGAUUGAAUUUGUACUGCCGAGUUAUUUUGUAAAAUUUAUGCCUUUUCAAUUUACCUUAAUUUUCUAUUAGCUACCUUGUUCGGCCAUCAAUGGGAUCUACCCACUUUUUUUCCUUUUUUCGUGAUCAAUAUAGGAUUAGUUAGAAAAGAUUGUCAGUUAAACACUAGUCGUAAUUUGAGCUCCUUCUGCCACUUCUUCCAAUCAAACCAUUUCUUUAGUACUAGGUAGAUAUUUUAUUUGUCUUAUAUCUUGGUCAAUUUGGUUAGCUUUGUUCUCAUCCAUUAUCGAUAGGAGUGAUUAAUCCAAGGAGAAAUACGUAGUUAUGGUGUGCCAAGCAGCUAGUCAAACAAGAUUUAGAGCGUUGAAACACGAAAACGGGAUUGCCGGAAAACCAACAAUUGUAGUUAGAGUAAUUGCAUGCUUUCAACCAAUGGAGGAUUGCCAGGCUGAGUACUUUCGUCAUCUGCUUAAACCUGUCACGUAGAUUGAAUCCUUAUCUUUGAUAUAUUAUCAAGCUGGAAUUUAUAAAGUUUUUCUUUUCAACAUUUGUUCCUUAAAGAAGAGUUUAAAAAUUGAAACUACGGUAUUGAGCAUUGUCCAUCGCCUGGAGUUUGUUCUAGUUGGAUGGUUAAGACCAAUAAUUCUUGGGUUUUCCCGCAGCAUUCUUCUCGGCAACUGCCCGAGUUAAGUUGCAUGAGUGCAUCGUUAGAGCCCAGGCAGCCAGAAUGCUUGCCUGCAUGUAUAAAUCCUAGCAGUCACAUGCUUUCUGCGAGUGUGUCAAAAUUGGGGUCUUUGGUUCCUGGUAUGAAUUAUGGCACUCAUUUGCUUCCUGCAAAAAUUGCAAUGCCUGGGUCUGCAGAUAUUUCUGUCUUAAAAACGGAACAAAAGUAUCAACCUCAUGGGUUGCUUCAGCAGUUAUACCCCAGUUUCCCUACUUCGUUGCCCUGUCGAGGUUCAUUUCUCAAUGAGCAGCAAUUCAAGAUUGCUAAUGGGCACACUGGCAGGGCUGCAGCUAAUUUUGUGUCUGGCUCCUUGCAGAAAGGGCUGAUAAUUUUUGAUCAUUCAGGGAGUCAGACAAGGUUAAUUUGUGGCUCUUUCCGAUCACCGCAUCAGCAUGCGGCAACUGCCAUUACGGAGCUAGCUUCAUCUCUUGAUAUCCAUGAAGGGGUGCAAGCAGUUAAGACAAAUAGUCUUAUUCCGACACCACCAGCUUUACAGAAGGAAUAUGAUGAGAACCAUUUGGGGGUUGAAGGGAGUGAGAUGCGUGAAGACACUGAAGAACUUAAUGCUUUGCUUUACUCUGAUGAAGAGGAGGAGGAUUUUGGUGUCGGUGAUGAUGAUUGUGAUGAUGAUGAAGUAAUGAGCACCGCUCACUCUCCAAUUGGAAUUAAGCGAAGCUAUCAGAAUCAAGGCCAUGAUUAUGAUGUAAUUGAGCAAGUUGCUAGUUCUGAUGGUCCAAACAAAAGGCAAAAACUACUGAAUGGUGGGCAUAAGCAAUUGAUAAUGGUGGAUGGCGCUUGUUCAGUGAAAUUGGAAGGCUCUCACGAGUAUGACAGCAAUGCAGAAUCAAGCUACCGAGGGGAGAUUUUACAUACUGAACAGUCGAUGAAGGAUAAGAUUCACUUGACACUAAAAAUCCUUGAGAGCAUAAUACCUGGUACAAAAGGAAAGGACCCAUUACUGGUCCUUGAUGAAUCUGUAGAUUACCUGAAGUCUUUAAAGCUCGAAGCCGAGACUUUAGGAGUGAACCACUUCUAGGUUACACUCCUUCCUUUCUAGUAACUUGUUGGCUAAGUGGUGGGAAAAGAAGGAUGAAAUUUAAAAAAAAAAAAGAAAAAAGAAACAAAACCAAAGUCUUAACCAAGAAUGAUUGAUGAAUUUGAAAUCACUACACCGGCUUUAGCUCUGUGGGGACGGUUUGUUUGUCAUCUUUUACUUUCUCAAGGGAGCCUUAUAUAAUGGGGGGCCAACAAAGGCAGCAAUGCAAGGUAUGCUAUUAGCUCUUUUUGCUUAAAAAAAGAAGGGUUUUGUUUGUUGACCUGAAAUGAUGAUCAUGGAUAGCUUUUUUGCCAUGGGAUGUGUCAAGUGACCAAUGCUUUGAACGCAUGGGGAGGCUGGUAGUAGUGGUAUGUGCUGUAAAAACUAGGUCCCUCCUGAGCCCCCAAGGAUUUAGUGCAUGCGCGUUAGGUGAAACUGGGUCCCAUUUCCCACCCUGUUCCUCUUUUAUUAUUACCUUUGAAAACACAUCAUGUUUGAUAUUUUAAUCUUUGUUACAAGCAUGAAGACAAAAGUUUCUAGGGUGGGGAUGCAGAUGUACAUGCAUGCAGUGAACUGAAGAGAGGUUAUUUAGUUUCUUUUUUUCUAUUCUUCUUUUCAAGGUUCCACCUUCCAUCAAAUCCUGUAGUAAAAAAAGUUUGGUCUUUUUCUUUUUCUGGUUCAUGUACAAGUUAUAUGUGUGUUUCCUUCUUUAUGGCUCUGCAGGGUCUUUGUUUGUAUUCAUAAUUGGAGCAUGACACUGUUGAGUUUAAAGCUCCAAACUAUGGCUUGUUUGUUUGUUGUACUCUCAUUUUCAGUUUUAAUGUAAUAAUAUUGGUUGUGAUUUCCUUUA